AUGGAGACGGCAAAUGUGAUGAAGAUUGCGCCGGUGCAGAGUGUGGAUACGAUGGUGGUGACUGCGAAGUGUGUCUGGGUCCAUUUACUUCUGUCCUUUGUUAUUGAACAAGAACUUCAGCAAUCCAAGAACUUCGCUGGCACUGAUGAAAACAUGAUAGGUGUGGCAGUUGGAGUGCCUCCAGAUGUGGCUGUCAAGAAUCUUAGGCAGCUACAGGCGGAGCUGGCGCAGCGUCUAUACACACAUGUCAGCAUAGCUGAAGAUAACGAAGGAUUUAUGGUAUAUGAAUGGAGCGUCGAUGGUGGUCAGGGUAAUCGGAUCUUCACGAUUGAUGAACAGUUAGUUGCAAGGUAG